AUGCUCACAGCCUGGGCGCUUCUGCUCUUCUUAGCCAUGUGGGUGAGAAGCACUGCUGCUGGCCCGCUUUCCUUCAGAAUUGCUGCCAUUCUCGACGACCCUAUGGAAUGCAGCAGAGGAGAACGCCUGGCCAUCACGCUGGCCAAAGACAGCAUCAACCGGAGCAGCAACCGCUCUACCACCGGAAAACUGGAGGUGGACAUCUUUGAACUGCUCCGAGACAGUGAAUACGAGAUGGGAGAGACCAUGUGCCAAAUCAUGUCCAAAGGUGUGGUGGCGGUCCUGGGGCCCUCUGCCAGCCCUGCCUCUAACUCCAUCAUCAGCAAUAUCUGUGGAGAGAAGGAGGUGCCUUAUGUGAAGGUGGCUCCAGAAGACAUUUUGAAAGUGCAGUUUCCUCGCUUCACCACCUUAGAUCUUCGGCCCACCAACACAGACAUCAGCCUGGCAGUAGCUGGCCUCCUCACCUUCUUUAACAGCACCACGGCCUGUCUCAUCUGUGCGCAGGCCGACUGCUUACUAAACCUGGAGCAGCUCCUCAGGCAGUUCCUCAUCUCCAAGGAAACGCUGUCAGUGCGCAUGCUUGAUGACAGCCAGGAUCCGACCCCGCUCCUCAAGGAGAUCCGGGACGACAAGACUGCCACCAUCAUCGUGGACGCCAAUGCUACCAUGUCACAUAUCAUUCUGGAGCGGGCAUCUGAGCUUGGGAUGCUGUCUGUCUACUACACUUACAUCUUUACAUCUCUGGAAUUCUCUCUGCUGAGACUAGAUGAUGUGGCAGACCAGAGAGUCAACAUCCUGGGCUUUUCAGUCUUCAAUAAAACCCACCCCUUUUUUCAGGAUUUUGUCCUAAGCCUGAACCGCUCCUGGCAAGAGAACUGUGACCAUGCUCCCUUUGCCGGCACACCACUCUCCUCAGCACUGCUCUUUGAUGCAGUAUACGCGGUGGUGGCGGCAGUCCAGGAGUUGAACCGGAGCCAAAAUGUUGGCGCGACUCAGCUCUCCUGCAAAUCCUCCAAGAUCUGGGAGCAUGGGACCAGCCUCAUGAAUUACCUGAGGAUGGUAGAACUGGAGGGUCUGACGGGACACAUUGAAUUCAACAGUAAAGGGCAACGGUCUAACUACGCCCUUAGAAUCAUGCAGAACAGCAAGGACGGCCUCAAGCAGAUUGGCCUGUGGCACUCUGAAGAUGGACUGUCUAUGGAGAGAAAGCUUCCAUCAAUCAACGUGACAGAAACCCUCUUCAACACCACCCUGACCAUCACCACCAUAUUGGAGAAUCCAUAUGUAAUGCUACGGCAGAACCACCAGGAUUUGGAGGGAAAUGACCGAUACGAAGGCUUCUGUGUGGACAUGCUGAAGGAGCUCGCAGAAAUCCUCAAGUUCAAGUAUCGCAUUCGUUUGGUUGGAGACGGACUGUAUGGGGUCCCUGGGGCCAAUGGCACCUGGACAGGCAUGGUCGGAGAGCUCAUCUCAAGGAAAGCAGAUUUGGCAGUAGCAGGGCUGACCAUCACAGCAGAGCGUGAGAAGGUCAUCGACUUCUCCAAGCCCUUCAUGACUCUGGGCAUCAGUAUUAUGUACCGUGUCCACCUGGGGCGAAGGCCAGGAUACUUCUCCUUUUUGGAUCCCUUUUCCCCCGGUGUCUGGCUCUUCAUGCUUUUGGCCUACUUGGCUGUCAGCUGCGUGCUCUUUCUUGUGGCCAGAUUAACACCUUAUGAAUGGUACAACCCACACCCAUGUCUGAAGGGCCGCUGCAGCUUGCUCAUAAACCAGUACUCUUUGGGCAACAGCUUCUGGUUCCCUGUGGGAGGCUUUAUGCAGCAGGGGUCCACCAUUGCCCCUCGAGCUCUGUCCACACGCUGUGUCAGUGGAGUGUGGUGGGCUUUCACAUUAAUCAUAAUCUCAUCGUAUACGGCCAACUUGGCAGCAUUCCUGACUGUGCAAAGAAUGGAGGUGCCCAUCGAGUCCGUGGAUGACUUGGCUGACCAAACUGCUAUUGAGUACGGCACCAUGCAUGGAGGAUCCACUAUGACCUUCUUCCAGAACUCCCGUUACCAGACAUACCAGCGCAUGUGGAACUUCAUGCACUCUAAACAGCCCAGUGUCUUUGUGAAGAGCACUGAGGAGGGCAUCGCCAGGGUGCUCAAGUCCAACUACGCUUAUCUUCUAGAGAGCACCAUGAAUGAAUACUACCGCCAGAGAAAUUGCAACCUCACACAGAUCGGAGGCCUGCUGGAUACUAAGGGCUACGGCAUUGGCAUGCCAUUGGGGUCAGUGUACCGCGAUGAGUUUGACCUAGCCAUCCUUAAGCUGCAGGAGGACAAUCGCCUGGAGAUUUUGAAGAGGAAGUGGUGGGACGGAGGCAAGUGUCCCAAAGAGGAAGACCACCGCGCCAAAGGUCUGGGAAUGGAGAACAUAGGUGGAAUAUUCGUAGUGCUGGUGUGUGGCCUGUUGGUGGCGAUCUUCAUGGCGGUGCUGGAGUUUGUGUGGAUGCUGAGGCAGACUCCAGGAAACGAGCAGUCGGUGUGUGAGGAGAUGCUGAGAGAGCUCCAGGGGAUUGUGCUGUGUCGGGACAGUCUUCAGGUGAGGAGACGGAGGGCAGCGGCCAUGUUGAGACCGCGGCCCCUGGCCCUGGAGGAGCGGCGAGCCAGAGCAGCUGCUGUCAGCCUCAGUAAUGGCAAACUGUGUGCGGGCACAGGCCUGCCAGAGCCCCUGUCCCACAGACUGGCUGCAGAGGCAGCACUGGUGGCCAGAGGCUGCAGUCACAUCCGCAUAUGCCCCGAGUGCAGACGUUUCCAGGGGCUAAGGAUGCGCCCUGGAGGGGCAGCCGAGACUCUUCCCUCCCCCACACACAGUGAGGAGAGCAUAGAGUGGGACAAGACUACAAAUAGCAGUGAACCUGAAUAA